AAGGCCAUGAACGUGAUGAUGCUGUGGGCUUUCUGCGGUUUGUUGGCUUUAACGAAGGCUCAGGAAAUCUGUUACAAUAGAGGUAAUUACUCUUACUGGUAUCUUUUACUUACAUUAGGCACGUCAAGUUUUGAAUAAGGACACUUGUCAAAUAAAAGUUUGCUGGUGUAUUCAAAAACUGGGCACUAGUCAAGAAAAAAAAUUCGAAAUUUACCCCACCAAAGAAAGAAUUUUUUUAAGGAGGACGUUCUAGGUUAAAUACAGCUUCAAAGUAACUGAGCAUUUAAAAUAAAUAAUGUAUAAUUAUAUGAUAAUAUUCUACCCUAGUUUGUUUAUUUUUCUUCGAAAUUUCUGAUCUCACGUUUAUUUCAUUCCUGCUAAUGAAGGUUAUUAAAGACAUUUUAUUAUCACUGCUUCUUAGCAUUUGUUCGAUGACGUGAUGCUACUCUUGUUUUUUCUCUUCAGAUGGAGCGACGGUGAUUGCAGUCAGUUUAAUCAGGCCUAACACCAAACCUCCCCCAGGGACAGAGACACCGAUUAAAGGCACGAUCAAGAUGAUUCAGGUUGAAAACUCAGUUUUUCUUCUUAGCCUGCGUUUUCCUUGUCCUUUUCGUUUCCUCAUAAUGGAACGAGUGCCUUUCACCGUCUGUAUCAGUUCAAUGCGCGUCCUUUUAAUCACUUUUCACCUGCAUUCGCUACAAAUGAAGUGCAUUUUGUUUACAAAAAAUAUAUGGAGACCGUACGCAAUCCACACAAGAAUUGCAUACUACUUGGUCAAGUAUUAUUAUUAUUAUCAUCGUUAUCAACGUCAUCAACAUCAUCGUCAACGACCGCUUAGGUUGUUUAUUCAACUGCGAGGAUCAUUUCCUCUUUCAUCAUCAUCACCAUCAUUAUCAUCAUCAACGUAAUCACCAUCAUCAACAUCAACCUCUACAUCAUCAUGAACAACAACAACAACAACAACAUCCUAAUCAACAGAAACAUCAUCACCAUUAUCAUCAACAAUCAUCAACAGCAGCAGCAAUAGCGUAAACAUCAACAUCAACAACAUCAUAAUCACUAUCAUGUCUAUCAGUUUAUUGUCAUCAAAAUCAAAAACAUCAUCAUGAUCAUUAUCAUUUCGGUGCUGUUGUCAUAAUCAUCAUUGUGGAUUAAUUCCUUUCCUUUGCAGAACUAUGGUCGUCCUACCUCUAUGCUAGUGCAGAUAACAGGCCUUCCUCCCAAUACGCCUCACGGUUUCCACAUCCACGAGUUUGGAGACACUGUCACUGAUGGUAGGCUUGAGUGAUAUUUCCAGCUAAAUUUUGCUGCCCCAACAUUACAACCUGCUUUACUUCGCUUUACUUUACUUGGUAACUUCAAGGUCACAUCACAUUUGACAAUAAAGACGUUUCCCGACAAAAGUCUCUAAGGCUAAGAGUGUACCGUUGACCGUUCACUCAGAUUUAAUGACUGGUCCUUUGGGAUCCACCUCGAAACACAUUGACAAUCUCUAAAAUGUAUGUUUUGGGUAAUGUGUCCAGGCAACUUGAUCAACAUGUGAAAUAUGGUAUUUCUGAACCAACAAAUUACGGCUAGCAUAUAAUAUUUCUUUCGAAAACUGCCCAAGGCGGCAGUGCGAAAGAUUAAAACUGGAAUAAUGACGAAAUGCUUUAACUGGAUGCAAGGGUAAAAAUAUAAUUUCUUCAUACAAUAGAAACGCAUUAUCCCGUAGUCACAUUUGAGUAUAAUAAUUUGUAUAUAUACAUAUAUAUAUUUUUUCAGGAUGUCAGAGUACCGGAGGUCAUUACACUCCGUUUAACCACACCCACGGCUCGCCCACUGACCAAGUACGGUAAGGAUUUUUAAUGACAAGAUUAACAGUAGGGUAUUUUAAAUCCCAGUACUUUAUGGCUUAGAAAGCAGAGAAUACGCAAGGUUAAGCGCGAAUAAAGAUGAUAAAGACGCUUCGGAUCUGGAAAGGCAAUCACUUCUUUCCUGGCUUGUUCUGCAAGUCCUACGUUUGCGAUGCAAAUUUAGGUAAGCCCUUACAUGCUUCAAAUUCACCAGUGUAAGUUCAAUAAAAAAAAACAAUUCACCACUAUUAUUUCAACGAAAAAAACAUAGCUGUUUGUAAACAUCGCCUUGCUGUGUCUCUCUCCCUUCAAUCGUAAGAUGAUGCCUAGCCUAGGUACCAACUCAGCAAACAUAACACUGGGGCGUGUUAAAUCAGGGAACAGAUAAAGAAGGAGCAUUUCUCUUUUUUCUAUGUACGUAACUAAAUAAAAGAAAGUGGAAUUUUUAGGACAUCUUCUUUUUUUGCAGCCAUGUUGGUGACUUAGGAAACUUAUACACAGACGAAGAUGGUCGAAUCGAUGACGAAGUUGAGGACAAUGUGGUUUCCCUCUUUGGACCUUAUUCUGUCAUUGGAAGAGCAUUUGUGGUAAAGUAAAGAGUGCAACGGGACUCUGCAAAAUGAAGAUGUGGACGGCGGAUAAUAAUAAAUGAAUAAAUAAUGAAUAAGUGAAUAUAUAAGAUAAAUAAAUAAGAACGAUAUAUAAAUAAGAUAAAUAUGAAUAAAACUUAAGAAGUAAAGCAUUUACAUAACUUGAUUAAUACAUUGAAGUCAUUGAAGACAUCUUCGGAUUACAGACAGAAAUCUUCGGAGACAGAGACAAACAGACCGGAAGGACAUGUCGCCGACUGAUAUAUUUAUUUUUAUUAUUUUUAAAUUUCUCAAUUUAUCUUCAAUUAUGUUAAUUUUUCAUCGUAUACAGUACAUUUAUUUAUAUUUAUUUAUUAUUUCCCGCCGUCCGCAUCCGCGUCUUACAGAGUCCCGAGUGUAACAGCACUUAGAAUGUUUAUUAUCUUUGCCUUGUGUUAUAGAAUUUUAGACUUUCUGUCUUUUAAUUUGUAGAUUCACCAAAAAAUAGACGACCUUGGGCGAGGAGAAGGGGCAGCCAAGGCGGGGAGCUUAAAGACAGGAAACGCGGGAGCACGGCUAGGUUGCGGCGUUAUUUUCCACGGAACGUUGAAUUAGCCAAUCAGAAUAAUUAAGCACUGAGAUAACAGUGCGCUAACUUGUUACAAAAUAACAUCAUUAAAGAUAAACAGAGCAUAACCGAUGCAAAUUAGGAAUCUGGUAAUUUGUACUUCACUUUUACAGUUUUGCUCAAUGUUGCAACAUUGUAUGAAGCAAUUGUUUAGAAAUACCAAUGGCCAACUGUUUGCAGUCUGUUUAGUGGUGUCCAGCGAAGCCGUUGUCAAUGUUAAGGUGGUGGAUUUCCACUUUCGCGUAGAUUUAGAGUCAUGCACGUUUACGGCAAACAGCAAACCUGAGAUUUCUCAAAAUGGAAAAUCAGCUGAUAAAAUCAGCUCAAAACAUUUCUUAUGGAUAAAAUUAACGUGAAACUACCAAUGUUUUUGUAGAAGUAAUUAACAGUAAACGACAAGCAAAAGGAAAACUUGGUUGCGUGACUCUAAAUCUUUCUGAUAUAGAGGAAAUCAAGGAAGUCUGGUCUCAACGUGAGAUUUGACUUGGAAUUUUUAUUACUACUUAGUUUCGUACAGUACGGCAUGUACGGCAC